AUGGGAAAUAAUAGUACUAAACAGAAAUACGACCCUCAACCAAGCUUGCUGGGCAACCUUGAGCUUUGUGGCGAUGAGAGGCUAGUCGCAACCUUUAGAUUCGAACCGUGCUAUUGGAAAAAGAAUAUGUUCUCAAGAAACUCGUGUCCUGUUGGUAUCGGAUUGGUAGAUGGCAUUGGCCAUUUGACGGAUAUGAGGCUUGUGCUCUUCUGGGAUGUUCAGAACGCUUUGAUGAAGGAGGCUGGGGAGAAAACCUCUGAGUUUAUCGAUACCGCGCUAGAUAGACGGCAUCGUAAAAUCCUUGGGGGUGCCCUUAGCAUAAUGACAAAGCUGUCCUCACGCUCACGCGAACUGAUGCAGAAGAAUGCUCGCUUAUUCCCGCCUGAUGGGGUUGCGACAUGGGUAUUUCCCAUCAGUGACGGCGUCGACGAGUCGCAUCUUGGUAUGACCCCCUCCGAUGACGAUGAAUGUCUGGGCCGGACGAAGUAUGGCGAGUAUUUUCCCGUCCGUGGCUGCACUGGAGGACCUAUUCAGCAGAUGACAUUUCGGCCAGACUUCAUCGACUUAGACUGGAACAAAGAUGGGUGGGCUGAGGAAUUCGAAGAGGUUUUAGAUUCCAAGAUUGGAAUCAAGUCGGAGAGGAUUGAUAAAGUGAAAUUCAUUCCACACGACUUUAUACCGGCAGUCGAAGAGUAUAUCCGCAACUGA